AGUAUUUCUUUGGCUCUCGCGGUAGGCGGAUGUUCGCGCUCAAUGUCUUGCAUUUUAAACGAAAUUCCUCAGAUUUCUUGUUGCUAUUUAGUGGUAAUCUUGUGCAUUUACCUGUGUUCUAUCCUGGAAGUUCUGUAGAGCGUCGAGACGUGGUUUAUUGUGUAGAGGAAAUAGGAGGAGAAGGAAGUUCAGUGGACUUGGUGAAAAUGAGCUGGAAGAAUGGAAAGUGACGAGUCCCGUUAAACAGCUUCUUCAUUUUGUGUUGUGUUGUGUUUGUGUUGGCUGCAGAAAAUCUCAAAAAGGGCCCAACACACGGUGAAUAAGAAAAAAAAUGCACCUGCUUGGGCUUGUUCUGCUGACACUGGUGGCCGUGGAGGGGGGAAGACCACCGCCACCGGUUAAUGUCCGGAAGUGUUGUCGCCUUGGGGAGCACCUGGAGAAGACACAGAAAUGUGCCGCUGGAGCUUCCCUCAAGUGGGUGCCAAUGGUAUGGCUACUGGGCAGAAAGGAGCACUAUCAGCCCGUUGGGGAAGCUCCCAGACACUUUAGGAUCAUCGAAAAUGCCCCACCAGAAACGUGUUCAGAGCCCGAAUUCAUCCAUGGUGAAAAUAAACUUGUGAUCUUCUCCAAUGGCUCACUCUUCCUCCACGAACUCAGCCUCGUGGUGCCCGUGGAGGCUUUCUGUGUUGAGAGGGAUUCUGCCCUCGCCUGCCUUCCUGACCACUAUCGUUCUAUCCACCACAAUGAACCCUACCUAUCCCAUCCACCUGUUUCUGCGCACAAAUGCUGUGGUCCCACCGGUGCCUGGAGUCAUCGCAAUAGCACCUGUGUUUUCCUGGACAAUCCCACUCUCAUCCACACCUUUCCCUUUUUCAAUUCCUCCCGCGUGGAACUCCGAUAUGGCUUUCCUGAGUGCAAAAAUCACAAUUUUGCCAUUGCCGACAAAUUCCACAUGGAAAAUUUCAUCGAGGACACUGGAGAACUCAUCCUGGACUCCGGCAAACAAUUUCACGCCAGUGAAUUUUGCCUGGAACACACAAUGGAUGAGAUCAACUCUUACAUCAGCGUCUUUACCUGCUCAGAACACUUCAGUCAGCCCAAAACGGCUCCAGCACCAAAUAAUGAUAUAAGAUUCGCGCUAUAUUCAGCGGGACUCUUCAUCUCGGUGGUGUUCCUGCUGGCGACUCUGAUGGCGAGUUUCCUGGUGCCAUCGAAUCACCAUGUCCUGCACUGGCGCUGCCAGACUCACUAUGUGGCCUGCCUGCUUGUUGGUGAUCUCCUCUUGGCAAUUACACAGAUUUCUGGAAAUUCAAUAAUUGGACCAGCUUGCACAAUCAUUGCCAUUUCGAUGCACUUCUUCUUCUUGGCAGCUUUCUUCUGGCUCAAUACAAUGUGCUUCAAUAUAUGGUGGACAUUUCGAGACUUCCGUCCCACGACUCUCGAGAGGAGCCAAGAACUGUGUCGAUUGCGUCUCUAUGAAGUUUAUGCAUGGGGUGUACCUCUACUUUUCUCCGGAGUUGCAGCAAUUCUUGACAAUUUGCCAGAUAGUACAGACGAGUCAUUUUUGAGACCACGAUUUGGCGAAGCAAGAUGCUGGUUCUAUGGUGACGUGGAGAUUUUGACAUACUUCUUCGGUCCAAUAGGUGUUUUACUUUUUGUGAAUAUCAUUCUUUUUGCAUCAACGGCUCGUCAAUUGACAUGUGGACUAUGGAAGAGAGAUGAUGUUAAAUCCACAACAGAACGAGCUGCUCUGGGGCGAGUUUGCCUGAAAUUGGUGGUGGUCAUGGGAGUGACAUGGAUAGCGGAUGUGAUUUCGUGGGCUGUCGGGGGUCCCAAUUACCUCUGGUACGUGACAGACUUCAUUAAUGCCCUCCAAGGUGUCUUCAUCUUCAUUGUCGUCGGAUGCCAACCUCAGGUCUGGGCAGCUGUAAAGAGGAUCUGUGGUUCAAAAUCCAAUCGAAGUGUGAUGAAUACCACAAAUGGCCCUCAACACUCGAGUUCAUCGCAUGGAUUGCCGUCAAUGGGCGACACAAUAACAAAUAACACUUUUACCAACAAUACAAGCACUAAAGUCCCAAUGGAGACUGUUUGCUGAAUUAAAAAUUGAACGAGAGAGAGAGAGAGGUUUUCACUGCGUGGAUCUGAGAUUUUAACAACAAUUCCUCAUCGUCUUUUAACAAUAAUAAUAAUAAUAUUGAAGUCCAAAAGAGAAGCAGCUAAUUGAUGAUUUCAAAACAGUGAUGCAUGGACAAAUUUCUUCUUUAUUUAUUAAUUGUGUUAAAACAUUCGUUGAUUUUUUUUCACAUCACGCAACGAGAGAGUAUUUAUUUGUCAGUUUUUUUUUCUGUGGAUUUUUUCGCGAGCUAGGAGAAAUUAGUGAGCCAAAGUUUAAUUUAUCUUAGGAAUGAUUAGGAUAAAAGAAAAACAUGAUUAGGAAUGUAAUGAGACAAUAACAAUUAAUCCGUAUUAAUACAAAAUAAAAACUCUGUAUUACGAUUAGGAAUUUAUAGAUAAUGCAAUAAAUUAUGCAAUAAGGUGGAAUUGAUGCGUGAUUGAGCAUCAAAUUCUUUUGAUAAUCUUCUCUGUUUUUUUCUUAUCAAAAAUGGGGAAGUGUUUUUUUUUUAUUUUUGUUUUCGUUUCUGUACAAAAGAAUGAGAGCUGAAGAAAAGUGAAAAGUCAUGGAAUUUUGUGGAUUUUUGUUCCUUUGAAGGAGAAAUUCAAUGCCUCUUGCCUUAAAUAUUUAGGAAAUUUGAGAGAAUAUUUUUGAAAUUUGAGCAUUUUUUAUGCGGAGGAAUUGCGUUUGAAGACUGAUUUUCUCCCCCCACAAAACCAUCAAAUCAUGAUUCAUAAAAAUUAAACAUUUUAUACUUAUAUCACACAUUAAUCAUUCAUUGCAUUCAAUGCAGAAAUAUCACUAAAAAAUAAGGAACUUUUAAACAUUUUCAACAUUAAACUUUUUGAUAAUAAAAGUGAGUCUUGUAAUCCCCCGAAGUAAAUCUUCUUAAAAAAUACUACUCUGUACCCGUUACCUACGUAAGAUUUUAUACUGAUGUACUGCAUUAAGAAGAAAAUCAAUUAAAUUUUUCCUUCUCAAUAAAAUUAAAAGAGAAAAUAAAGAAAAAA